AUGCACAGAAGAACAUCGUCUCUCCGCUCGUAUUUGUGCGGCAAAACUGAUGAAUCCGCGCUUCGAUUUCAGAACUCGGGUUCAAUCUGGGUUUCGAAGAAGCAAAUCUCAAGCGGGGGAAGGAGGCCGAAGAAGAAGAUAUACGGACGAGACCACAACCUCGACAAGGUAAUGGACUUGCAGAAGAAACCGUCGCUGAUCCUGCACGUGGGCGGCGGUUCCGAUAGGACUCCGCCUUUUGUUACCCUGACCGAGAAAGCUGCAAAGAUCGCAAGCGAAGAGCCCGAAGCCAGGUUGUUGAUGGAGCCAAUUUUAGUUAGAAAUCUGAGGAAGCUGUUAAUGAUGUCGGCUGAUUGCAGGGUGCCAUUAGAAAAGGUGGAGCUCAUUGGAAAUGAAUUAGGUUUGCCUCUGGAUUUCAGGGAAUCGUUAGUUCCAAAAUACCCGGAGUUCUUUUCGGUUAAAGAUGUUAACGGGAAAGCUUGUCUUCAUUUGGAGCAUUGGGAUUCUUCCUUGGCAGUAACUGCCCGGGAGGAAAGAUUGGAACUUGAAGGAGUUCCAGCUUCUAACCCAUCUCGGAAACAGGUUAGAAUAUCCAGAGAUGGCAACUACUCAGGUCCAUUCGCUUUCCUCAUGCAAUUCACUGCGGGUUUCAGGCCGAACAAUAGUUUCCUGGAAGAGCUUGAGAGAUGGCAGAGAUUGGAUUUCCCUUCACCAUAUUUGAAUCCCAGGACGUUUGAAGCCGCUGAUCCCAAGGCGAGGAAGCGUGUGGUGGCAGUGCUUCAUGAGCUGCUUAGCCUGACCAUGGAAAAGAGGAUGACAUCUUCACAGUUGGAUGCAUUUCAUUCCGAGUAUCUAUUGCCAUCAAGGUUGCUGCUUUGUUUGAUCAAGCAUCAUGGUAUCUUUUACAUCACGAAUAAAGGUGCAAGAAGCACUGUCUUCCUAAAGGAAGCUUAUGAUGGCACUAAGUUAAUUGCUAAGUGCCCAUUACUGUCGCACAUUGACAAGUUUGUAGCACUUAGUGGCCGUCGAGUGCUCGAUUCUUGUAAUCAGAUUGCUUCUUCACCAAUUUCCAGUCGUAAUUAUAGCUCGUCUUCUCAUCUACAUGAUUGA